AUGGUAGGAGUGUAUGGAUCAAGCACUUUGAGAAAAGCCAAUUUAACUGAGAAAAUUUCUAGAAGAGUAAGAAGGGAUAACUUGUUUUAUAUAACUGUGAUAGCAAGUGUUACAGAAAAGCCAGACCAGAAACGGAUUAAAGAAGAGCUUGGAAACAUGUUAGGUUUUCAAUUUGGUGAGGAGACUGUGGUUGGAAGAGCUAAACAUCUUUGUGAUAGGAUAAAGAAAGAGCAAAGGAUUCUGGUCAUCCUUGAUGAUCUUUGUGCUGGAAUUAACUUGGAUAGAGUAGGAAUCCCGUUUGGAAAUGAUCAUAAGGGUUGCAAAAUAGUCUUGUUAUCUGGGUGUGUGGAUGUAUUGAUCAACCAAAUGAACAUUGCAAUGAGUUAUUUAUUGUGA